AUGUCAUACGGUCUCCCCACGAGUUCAGAUAGAUUUAGUAAGUCAACACACACUAAAGGCCGAAAUACUAGUACGGAUUCAUUCGAUUUAGAGUUCGAUCAUUCUUUCGAAGCUGCAUUAGAUAAUUUAGAGAUCAAUAGCAAUCAGGACAAUCUACCAAGAAAGUCGGUGGCUGACAGCGGUGAUAUCGGUCAGAUACGAGAAAGUUUCGAAAUGAGAUCAAUUGACGGUUCACAUGUCUUUGGUGAUUCACAGAGAAAUUCAAUUAAUAGAGAAUCUGAACCUCUGAUGCAAACUACGAGUCAUGAUCAAAGUCCCACAAAAUUUAAUCACUCAAAAAACACAUUAUUGGGUAAGCUCAUAUUCUCAUUGAAGUCUUCACUAAAUAAUAAGCCUUCCAUUACACUUGGUGAACAGCAUGUGGAAAGAGAAAUUCAUCCUGAUACGACACCAGUUUAUGAUAAAAAUAAAUAUCCUUCAAACGAAAUCUCGAACGCUAAAUACAACGCAAUCACUUUUAUCCCCACUUUAUUAUAUGAGCAAUUCAAAUUCUUUUUCAAUUUAUAUUUUUUACUAGUUGCAUUAUCUCAAGCCAUCCCGGCUUUAAGAAUCGGUUAUCUGUCAUCAUAUAUUGUUCCUCUGGCCUUUGUUCUGUCUGUAACAAUGGCAAAAGAGGCUUUAGAUGAUAUCCAAAGAAGAAGAAGGGAUAAAGAAUCGAAUAAUGAAUUAUAUGAAGUUUUAGGUAAGUCAACAUUAGUGCCAAGUAAAGAUUUAAAAGUUGGUGAUUUAGUCAAACUAAAUAAAGGUUCUAGAGUUCCAGCUGAUUUAAUACUGAUACAAUCUAGCGAACAAUCAGGAGAAUCCUUCAUUAAAACUGAUCAAUUAGAUGGUGAAACUGAUUGGAAGUUAAGAAUUGCGUGUCCUUUAACUCAAACGCUAGUAGAAGACGAGCUUUUGCAUAAAAUAAGCAUAACAGCAUCUCCUCCUGAAAAGUCCAUUCAUAAAUUUUUAGGUAAACUUUCUUAUAAAGAUGCAACUUCACAACCUUUGUCAAUCGACAAUACUUUAUGGGCAAACACAGUUAUUGCAUCCACUGGUUUCUGCAUAGGCUGUGUUAUUUAUACUGGUAAGGAUACAAGACAGUCAAUGAACACAACUACGGCUACGGUAAAGACAGGUCUAUUAGAAUUGGAAAUCAAUAGCAUUUCAAAGAUAUUAUGUGCCUCCGUAUUUAUCCUUUCUAUUUUGUUGGUAGUGCUGGCGGGUUUCCAUAAUGGGGAUUGGUACGUAGAUAUUAUGAGGUAUCUGAUCUUAUUUUCUACUAUUAUCCCAGUUUCACUGAGAGUAAAUCUCGACUUGGCAAAAUCUGUCUAUGCAUAUCAAAUUGAACAUGAUCGCACUAUACCAGAAACUGUAGUUAGAACAAGUACAAUACCCGAGGAUCUAGGGCGUAUAGAAUACCUAUUAAGUGAUAAAACUGGGACAUUAACUCAGAAUGAUAUGCAACUAAAGAAAAUUCAUUUAGGAACUGUUUCUUACUCUACAGAUACACUCGAUAUGGUUUCUGAUUAUGUCAGUACUAUAGUCAGUCCAAAUAAAAAGAUAAACGGUGGUUCAGCUAAUAUAAAUCAAAGUACAGCAAGAAAAGAUAUUGCUACGAAGGUCCGUGAUAUGAUACUUACGUUGGCUAUUUGCCAUAAUGUUACUCCAACGUUCGAAGAUGAUGAGUUAACAUAUCAAGCCGCCUCACCAGAUGAAAUUGCCAUUGUUAAAUUCACAGAAAGUGUAGGCCUGUCCCUAUUUAAGAGAGAUCGUCAAUCUAUUAGUUUGCUCCACAACGAUUCCAAUUCCAAUUUGAAUUAUGAGAUAUUGCAAGUUUUCCCCUUCAAUUCGGAUUCUAAACGUAUGGGUAUUAUCGUGCAUGAUAUGAAGCAUGAUGAAUACUGGUUUAUGCAAAAGGGUGCUGAUACAGUUAUGAGUAAAAUAGUGGAAAAUAACGAUUGGUUGGAAGAAGAAACUGGCAACAUGGCUAGAGAGGGUUUGAGAACCUUAGUAGUUGGUCGUAAAAAACUUAAUAAAAAGGUAUAUGGACAAUUCAAGAAAGAGUAUGAGGAAGCCUCUCUAUCUAUGCUGAACCGUGAUCAACAAAUGAACAAUGUUAUUUCCAAAUUUUUGGAACAUGAUCUGGAGUUAUUGGGAUUAACCGGUGUGGAAGAUAAGUUACAAAAGGAUGUUAAAUCGUCCAUUGAAUUAUUGAGGAAUGCUGGUAUCAAGAUUUGGAUGCUAACUGGUGAUAAAGUUGAAACCGCUCGUUGUGUUUCAAUAAGUGCAAAAUUGAUAUCUAGAGGACAAUAUGUGCAUGUUAUUACAAAACUAAAUAAAUAUGAAGGCGCUCUCAGUCAGUUGGAGUACUUAAAAGUUAAUCGAAAUGCAUGUCUAUUGAUCGAUGGUGAAUCGCUCGCAACAUAUUUGAAGUAUUACAAACAGGAGUUCUUCGAAGUAGCACUUUCCUUGCCAACAGUUGUGGCUUGUCGUUGUACUCCACAACAGAAGGCCGAUAUUGCCUUGAUCAUUCGUGAAUUAACAGGAAAAAGAGUAUGCUGCAUUGGUGAUGGUGGUAACGAUGUCAGUAUGAUUCAAUGUGCCGAUGUCGGUGUUGGUAUAGUUGGUAAAGAAGGUAAACAAGCCUCUUUAGCAGCUGACUUUUCUAUUAUUCAGUUCUGUCAUCUUACUGAGCUGCUAUUAUGGCAUGGUAGAAACUCUUACAAGAGAUCCGCCAAGUUGGCUCAAUUCAUCAUGCACAGAGGGUUAAUUAUUGCUAUCUGCCAGGCAGUCUUCUCUAUAUGUUCAAAAUUUGAACCCAUUGCACUAUAUCAAGGUUGGUUGAUGGUUGGGUACGCUACCGUUUAUACUAUGGCACCUGUAUUUUCUUUAACUUUGGAUCGUGAUAUUGAAGAAUCCCUAACCAAAUUGUAUCCAGAAUUAUACAAAGAAUUAACUGAAGGGAAGAGUUUGUCCUAUAAGACGUUUUUCGUUUGGUGUGCUCUUUCAUUGUAUCAAGGGUGUAUUAUUCAGCUUUUCUCACAAGCUUUUACAAGCGUGCAAUCGCAAGACUUUUCAAGAAUGGUUGCUAUAAGUUUUACUUCACUCGUCAUUAAUGAGUUGAUUAUGGUUGCAUUAGAAAUUUAUACGUGGAAUAAAGUGAUGACUAUAAGUGAGCUUGCUACACUUACAUGCUUCGUAGCGUCAGUUCCAUUUUUGACCGAUUACUUUGAUUUGAAGUAUAUGGUAACGCUGAGAUUUUAUGCUGGCCUAUUAAUUAUUCUAUUGAUAUCAAUCUUCCCAGUCUGGGCUUCAAAGGCAAUAUAUAGAGCAUUGCACCCUCCAAGUUAUGCCAAAGUACAGGAAUUUUCCACCGUAUAG